AUGGCAAUGGGCGGGGCGGCAGCGCUGGUGACUUCGACGACAGUCACCGCGCCCGCCCAUGACUUCGAACCUUGCCGUGAGCGCCCGACACCUUUGUCUUCGCCGUUCGAUGGUGUGAACUCGCAGCAUCAGUCGCUCACUUCGCCGCUGCAAGGACUUCCACUGCCUCGGUCGCGACACAGCGCCGAUGUCGGCGGCGACGAUUUAUCGCUUGCCGGGAACACUGUGGGUUCGCUGCCGAGCGAGAGCACCCCCACUCGGUGCUCUGCCGGUCCCCUGCGGUCGCGCCAAGCGCUCUUGAAUGCGCAGUCUCUAAGCUCCACGAUUGCACUGGAACGGCACUCGUUCUCUGACUGGUAUGCGACCGCGGCGUGGGAUGACCCAUCCACCGGCUCGUGCCCGAGCAGCAGUAGCUGGUCUCUCCUGAACCAGCCGCAGCCGCGCAACGCUGCCCGCACGAUGGCGUCGUCACCGAUCUCCACUGUCGACACGGUCGCGACGACACUCUUCAUCGACGGUUUGCCUGCGUUCAUCGAGAACAAGUGGCAGUUGCAGCCUUAUGUGCCACCACAGGGGGUGGUGGCGCUUCGUGUAAAGAGCUCGCGAGGCAGGAACGUCGGCUUCGCCGUGUACGACAGCAUCGCAGCCGCGCGCGACGCCUUGACGUGGUUCAAGCAGAUGCUGAUCAUCAAGGAAGUGGUACAAACCUCCACAUUCGGCGCACCACCCGCUGCCGAGUCCGCGCGAGGGACUGAGGUGCCGCCUGUCCUUGCGAGCGGUGACUGCAGUGCGCCGCCAGCUGGUGGGACGAGUGCUUGCUUCCCCGGCUCGCCCGUCGAGUCGGAGCCGACGCCGCUGGAGUACGAGGAGUACCUCUGCACCCAGCCAGUGCCCGGCCAGUUUGCAUCUUUGCUGCGGAGGUGCACCCUUCUGCGAGCGGAGUGGGCCCGAAGCUUGGAAACUCAGCACCCACCCGCUAACGUGGCGGCCGCUGCCGCUGCCAGCUCUGUCGCCUCCUCCCCGUUGUCCUAUCCAACAUCGCCGUGGGGGACGGCAGCGGCGGUGAUCCGUCCACCGCGGCCACCACCGAUGGUGACGGCGGUGCCGCAUGUAGGCCGAGGGCCCAGCCACGACGUCGGCGACAGCUACUCGCAGGUGUCAGAGGUGGCCCGGCAAGCUCCAACACCGCAGGCACAUCCUCAUCAUCCACUGCCGUCGCCCAUCGCGUGGUCGCCGGGGUCGCAGUCUCCUCAGCAGCCACCACACCCUUGCGCCACUGUCGGCUGUGCUGACGCACAGGCCACACACCCGCCAGUGCAUAACCCGUCGUUUCCAUCAACGCCGUACCACACGCCUUCGCCGUUGACGCGCCGCGUUUGGGCUUCCUCGGCGCCAUCAGCGCCGUUGGAGAGGCCGGAGGUGCGUUGCUACUACAGCUGCAGUGCCGCCCAAAAAGCCUCCCACCAGCACGCGCAUUCCACCACUUGCCAACCUCCCUUUUCUGCGCAUUGGGGCUCGCACAUGACUAAGCGCAGCGAUGCGCGUGAGGGGAUGGAUGCCUGGCGAGGCGCACCACCAGAGCCGCCGGCGUUGUCGCACCGUCAAGAGUCACGCCCGCAGCCGCACCACGGGUCCUAUCGUCACCACCAGUAUUCGAGUGAGCCCCCCCUCCCUUCCCGUACGCUCUUUGUGCGCCUCAUCCACAACUUCGACGCACCCGGGUACCUGCAGCAAGACCAGGUGCACAGCAGCGCCGGCAGCAGCGCCCGCAGCAGCACAGGUAGUGCGAAUGCGAUGCCCAUGAAGCCGCUCACGACGGUGAGGUUACCACCAACCGUUGCAGGUUCAGUGACCGCGCCGGGGACUACCACUGGGUACGCCGAGGAAGCUGCGCCGCCGACACCGACGCCGCUUGUCUCGCAGACUACCCCCUCGCUACACGUGUCACCAGCGAGCGGUGCUAAAGGCACCCGUCCGGUGGUCUCGGCCGUGCCGCACCAUCACCACCACAUGUAUUACCAAUCGCCGUCCUCCCCAUCCUUGACGACGACCCCGCAGCUGCGCAGUCCGCUGGAUAGCCGAGGCCUACAAGCGUAUUCCUCAUCGCAGCCACCACCGUCUUCGCAGCUGAUGGGCCCAUGUGCUGAUCGUCAUGGCGGCGGCGCUGGUGCUGCCGACGAAGCCCUCUCACGGACGACGCCGAACGCAGAGGACCGCGAAUUCUUCCGCUUCGCACAGAGCGUGCUGCGCGAGGAGUACUUCUCCGAGAAGUUUGCCGGCUUCCUCCGGUACCGCGAGUUCUUGCGUCCGCCGUACUACGGCGGCUGUUUUGUGCUCUUUGAGCGAGGAGAAGACAUGCAGCGCUGCCUCCAGUGGAUGCGCAAGGACGAGCGGCUCAUGAAAUUGUUUGCAGUCGCACCGGCCCGCAACGACAGCUUCGGCCCUUGA